CUCCCCAGCGACCUUAACGCACUCCCUUUUUGGUCUCCUUUUUCAGGCUUCUCGGUAGAUCCUGCGCUUCAGAAGUCUAAAAACAAUCGAAAAGUCACCCGGAACUGGAUUCCGUUCGGGAUUGGUGUUUUGUUGUUAUUCUUUUGGCGGGCUGUUAUUAGUACGGUACAUAGUACACUAUUGGGACAUUUUUUCAUUACGGGAAAUAUUACACUGGUGGUGUUGGACUGUUGUUUUUUUUCUUCGUAAGUAGAAGUACGAGUGCAGCUGUGGGAAAUCGAUCCACACGAUCCCCUCCAUUUGCAUUCGAAGGUACAGCCGUGCAGUGUGACGCUCCAGGUUUCCUUGGUGAGCAUGGAUGAUCAGGAAGACACCGCGUUGAACACGACGGCUAAUUCCGAGAUCUGUGAGACGCUAUCGUCUGCGGCAAAGUUAAUCAGCGAUGCCCUGCCAGCCAACAGUGCAUCGGAUACUCCGCGAAAACUCCUGGAAACCAGAACGAUCUCCAAUCAGAACAAAUCUUCGGGUUCGGGAAACAGUCAGGAUAAGUCCAGGAAGAUGUAUCUUCCCCAGAGUUCCCCCCGACUUCGCCUAAUGUCCAAUGACUCCAACGGAAGUAAUACCGCGGAGAAAGCGGGCACGUUUUCCUUCGUCAAUCUGCUUCCCGUGGACGCCACUGCGAUUCCUUCGUCCAGCAAAGGAAGUGCGGAUAAAAGCAAUGCUCGACCCAGUUAUAUUAUCCAGCUUGCCCCGAACUCUGAGGCCAAGGAGGGAAGCGCCAGUGGGAGUACGGCUGCCAGCACGAAUGGCCUGCAGACUGUACAGUCUGUCUUCCGUUUGGUGGCCUUGAACGACGGGAAGGCUGGUACGGCGGGCAAGGCUGGCACGCAGAAGUUCGCCCUCAAUCGGGUGAGUGGUCCGGAUGCCCCGAAAGUCAUCGUUAUCCCCGCUCCAGGGACUACGUUGUCAUCGGACACUUCCAAAAAAGCACUGUCCAUUACUCAAAUUGCGCAGAAUGGUAGUGGUGGCGUUUCUACUGCGGUGGCGUUCUCUAAUCAAUCCACAGUCUUGCCUACCACUUCGUAUCGCAUUAUCUCAUCCACAGUGCCAAUUCUACCGGUGUCCAUUGCCCCCACAACUAGCACUACGGUGCGGCCCACCAAAAUCGUCAAAGUGGCGGAUAGGCGGGAUACAAGUGCGGUUUCCAGUGCUGUGGCCAAACCGAACGACGUUGUAGUACUAUCAGGAAAACCGGAAGUUUUACCUUUGCUGUCUAUUCUUCCCAGAAGUACGAUAUGGACGAAUCUUGUUGGAGCAUAUGAAUUGAGCGGACUAACUGCUCGCUGUUCUGUUGAAAAAGAAAAGAAGGUUGUUAAAGAUUUAGAAAAACUACGAUGUGUGUAUGAAGAUACACAGUUUGUGUGGAAGCCUUUACCAGCGCCUGAACCGAUGGAGGUUCCCGGUGUGUCGUCAACGAAAGUUGGGGACUUAUUAAGUAUCGGGCGGUUUAUCGAAAUCCUGCAGUAUGAGCAUAAACCCACGCGCAAUAAGCGGAAACGCUUUGACUAUGAAUUUCUCGUUAAUGCGGUGCUGUUACGAGAUGGCAAUAUUGGGGCAUACCUAUCUGUCCUGAAUUGGUUUGUUUGGGCGUUUGAUGAGCGAAAGGAUUUUGAGUCUAAACUACAUAUUCCUCCUGAAUUUACUGUCAGUGUGCAAAAAUUAGCUGGUGACCAUAUCCUCGCGUGUGAAACAUUGCGGCAGUAUAUGGUCGUGGUGAAAAAAUAUAAAGAAAUCCCGUAUCCAGAAGAGUUUCUUGUUAUAUUGGAAAAGCUGAAAUAUGUCGACGUAGCUGAUUUCACUCCUGAAGAGCGAAUUAUGCUUCUCAACAUGGCCCACAAAAUUUUGAUUCAGGACACCGGAUUUGUGAACGCGUGCUUAGGAAGGCUGGAACAAGAAUGUGCACAAGCCAUGGAUAAAAGAAUGAGAUUGGAUGCUGCUGUUCGAGCCAGAGAGCUUGCACUUUUAGAAAUGGAAGAAAAACUGAAACUGUUCGAUGAACGCUCGAAGGCAACCCGUUCCGAAGACCGGGAAAGGACGUACAUAAGUGAUGAAAUAAAAACGGUGACCAAAGAUAUUGAAAAGCUGAAUGCUGAAAAAGUGGAAGCAGAAACGGAGGGCGAGGAAGCCAAGAUAUUUUCCGGUUACAUGUCGCACUCGGACUGCCUGGGAUACGAUCGACAAUUCAACCGGUACUGGCAUUUUCCGGAACUCUGUUCCGGGCUUUUGGUAGAAUCUGGCUGGUCUUCCCCGGUGUAUCCAAAGAAAUUGGAUCUGACGGCCAAUCCUCUACCCACCGUGCUGAGCAAUUUUGUCUAUCCCAACCGUCCACAGGAGCCCUAUUAUCUCCAGCCGGACGGGAAAUAUCGCAAGUGUGAUUCGCGUCUCAUUUUCCCUCCCUCCGCUGCCAAUGCAUGGACCAUGUACGAUGCUAAAAGUAUUCCGCAUUUAAUUGCUCAACUGAAUCCCAUGGGUAUCAGGGAAGGCCGCUUGAAAAUGCGUUUACAAGCCGAUAUUCAAAAGCUCUCCCAGACGUCGGCACGACCUCUGCCCAAUAUUGCUGAAGGGUUGUUGGCGAUUUUGAAAGAUUUUUUCGCUAAAGUUUUCGCGGAUUUGGCCGACAAUCAGUUUUUAAUUAAAUCGGUUGAUCCCGAUUGGAAAGAAAAGUUGGACUGUGCCGAUUUGGCUGAAUUUAAGCAGUUCAUUGUCUGGGUAUUUUCGGCCAUCUCUCCGGUACUGAUGCAUAAAGAAUUCCACACAAUGAUGGAGAAAACCUGGAAGACUGUUGUCGAAGAGACAAUGAAUUUGUCGCGGAUUUAUUACCUGUGUAAACUGUUGGAUAACUGCAUCCGAUGGGAACGCCGGAUCGGCAAUGAACAGUGCAAGUUGUGCGGCAUAAAGCAGCGACGAAAUCGGAUGCGACGGUGCUACGGUUGUGCAUCAGUUUUCCAUUAUGACGACUGCAUGGAUUUCACGCCGGAGAAUUUAUGCGGAGAUUGCGUCGUAAUGUCCGCCGACUCUGCGGCGCGAAACGUCGUGGUGGUGCAGAAAAUGUCCACGACGCCGGAAGCAGAAAACGGUGAAAAGAAAGUCGACGCACACGAAGGAACGCCGCUUGCUCCCUGUGUUGAUUUCUCGGAGCUCACUUCGGAAGAAGGAACCCCGGAGAAGAAGCGCCGCAGUUCGACGGGAAGUCUCGGUACCCCUGUAAAAUAUCCUCGAUUAGAGGAACCGCUGGAACCCAGCACGGACAACGAUCAAAGAAUUUCUGUCCAACCGGAUCCUGCUCUUGAUAAUUCCCCUUCCGAGUAAAUUGCGGUAUUAUUUACGGUAUUUCGCGGUUUUUUAGUUUUUACACUAACUCGCAUACAGUGCUGAUUUAUAGUCGUAUAUCCACUGUCUCAGGGCUCUUUUUGUGCGGGGAAUGGUGAUAGGGUGCAGUUCUCGUGUACGUAUAAAUAGGUGCUGCUUGUGGUGAUCUCGGCCGUUCAGUGCUGUGUACGUGAAAACUGAACAUUUUUGGUGCACCCUCCUUUUAGAAUUGAUAUCACCUACGAGUAACGUUGUAAGUUUUGUUGAGUAUUUUGUUUUAUCUAACAGACGAAGAAGCAUGCAUGUAUUGUCCACAAUAUCAUGUGGUUACCGUUUGUAAAAUUCGAAUUUGUUAAUAAAGUAAGUACUUACUCGUACAGGA